CCUCAAUACGAUUCUGAGCCCUCCCCCCUGGCCAACCAAACUCAACAAAACAAAAAGGUCGGCGUAAUCGGAACUCUCCCACCAUGGAUCCCACAUUUGCGACGGCGUCAGUUGAAGAUGAGGAGGACAUUUGCAGGAUUUGCAGAAACCCAGGCGACGCGGACCAUCCGCUUCGGUAUCCGUGCAUCUGCCGCGGGAGCAUCAAAUUUGUUCACCAGGAUUGUCUCCUUCAGUGGCUUAAUCAUCGCAAAGCUCUUCACUGCGAGAUUUGCAAGUAUCCGUUUUCAUUCUCCCCAGUGUAUGCUGAGAACACUCCAACGAUGCUCCCUUUACAUGAGUUUGUAAUUGCCAUGGGGAUGAAGACUUGCCGCGUUAUACACUUGUUUCUGCGGUGGAGCUUUGUGCUUUCGAUAUGGCUUAUCGUUACUCCUUCCAUUACGUUUUGGAUAUGGAGAUUGGCUUUUGUGAGGAGUUUUGGUGAAGCUAAGAGUUUGUUAUUAAGUCACAUCUCUACCAAAGUGAUUCUCAUAGAUUGUGUGCUUGGGUUCUUGCUAUGGGCAGUAGUUUUCUUCUUUGACUUUAGAGAGAAUAUACUUAGGAAUAACUUAAAGGAUUUGUUUACGCGUUUGCUAGAAUUGAUAGAGGAUGAAGAGGACAGAGAUGAUGAUGAUGAUGACGUUCCAUUAGAUUGGCUGGUUAGAGUGCAGGGUCCAGUGUUGCAUUUAGUUGUGUUUUUACAUAACAUGGUGUUUCGUUUGGUUCUGAAUCCUUUUACUGUUCUCGCAGACAACUUGAUCUUCCUUGGUUUUGUGAUCUUUGUGCCUUUCACAUUAGGACGAGUUACAUUGUACCUUGUGUCCUGGCUUUUUACUGCUGGUAGAGCCCCUGUUGUUUCAGAUUUGACUAAUGAGGGCCACGGAAAUCGGUUGCUUGGUCAGCUCACAGACUUGAUGAGAGUCAAUGGAAGUGAAUUGCAUGGAGCUAAGAAUAUACUAUCUCUUGCUGCUGAUAUCUUGAAAGGUUCUCUUGCUGCUGGAGGCUCAAAGCUAGUAUUUGAUGUUACAACUCUGACUGUUGGGUAUAUGUUUAUAGUAUUUCUGAUGUUCCUUUACCUUGGGGUCGUUGCACUGAUUCGAUAUGCCAAGGGUGAACUGACCGUUGGGAGAUUUUAUGAUAUCACUGUACCAUCUCUCAUUAGACAGUCCUUGGCAGCAAUGAGACAUCUGAUGACUAUGAACAAAGUUGCUUUUUUCUUAGUCUUCGAGUUUGGGGUCUUCCCUCUUAUGUGUGGUUGGUCACUAGAUGUUUGCACUGUUAGGAUGUUUGAUAAAACAAUAUCCCACAGAGUACAGUUUUUAUCAAUAUCUCCACUGGCAAGCUCACUUGUUCAUUGGGUUCUCGGUCUCAUAUGCACCUUGUAUAUAAACUUCUUCGAAAGCCUUCUUGGAGAGGUUCUUCGCCCUGGACUUUUGCAUUUCCUUGAUGAUCUUGAGGAUCCUAAUGUCGAAUUUUUCCAAGAUUUGAUUGAUACUCCAGUACAUAAGCAAGCUCGUAAGGUUUUCUUAGUAAAUUCAGUUUAUGGAAGUUUGAUUUUCAUGCUGGUAUGUUUACCACUCAAAUUUACAACCCUGAUAGCUCCAUCAAUCUUCCCAUUCGACAUAUCUAUAUCCGACCCAUUCACUGAGAUUCCAGUCGACAUGCUUCUGUUUCAAAUGUGCAUACAAUUUCUUAUCGAGCAUUUCAGUCUCUCUACCAACGUUACAUCCCUUUUACGCUGCUGGGUCACCGGCGUUGGUUGGGUGCUUGGUUUGACAGACUUCCUCUUGCCGAAACCAGAGGACAACAUUGGUCAGGAAAAUGGAAAUGAUGAACCAAGAAGGCAGAACAGAGCACAAGUAUUGCAGGUAGGUGGAUCAGACAGGCCCAUGGCUGCUCUUCCAGCGGCUGAUGACCCUAACAGAAGUAUCCUCCGCGCUGGGAGUGGCAACACGGGUGAGGAAUAUGAAGAUGAUGAAAAACAAUCUGAUUUAGCCAGGUACAACUUUGUGGCCCGGAUAAUCCUUCUUCUACUUGUUGCAUGGGUGACUCUUCUUCUCUUCACUUUAGCACUGAUAGUUGUACCAGUUUCACUUGGACGUGCUCUGUUCAGUGCCAUCCCACUUCUACCGAUAACUCAUGGCAUCAAAUGCAAUGACCUGUAUGCUUUCUUCAUUGGGACAUAUGCCUUUCUGACUACCAUAUAUGGGGCCAGUCACACUAUUGAGCAUGUCAAGUCGAAGAGUACUUCAGUCUUGCUUAAACAUAUAUGUAUAUGGUGUGGAAUUAUAUUCAAGAGCUCGGUGUUGUUAGCCAUAUGGGUUUUUAUCAUUCCAGUACUAAUUGGACGUCUGAUUGAGCUGUUGGUGAUUGUCCCAAUAAGAGUCCCAGUUGAUGAAACCCCUGUAUUCCUUCUGUAUCAAGACUGGGCACUUGGACUCAUGUUUUGGAAGAUCUGGACAAGACUGGUUCUGUUAGAUCAUAUGCGUCCAAUAGUGGAUGAUAGCUGGAGGGAAAAGUUUGAGAGGGUAAGAGAAGAUGGCUUCUUAAGGCUUCAAGGGUUAUGGGUACUUAAAGAGAUUGAGUUCCCGAUCAUGAUGAAACUCCUAACAGCUUUAUGCGUGCCUUAUGUGCUGGCAAGAGGAGUGUUCCCAAUGCUUGGAUAUCCGGUAGUUGUGAACUCGGCUGUUUACAGAUUCGCAUGGAUAGGUUGUCUCUCGGUGAUGCUCUUUUGCUUCUGUGCAAAAAGAUGCAAUGUUUGGUUCAGAAACCUUCACAACUCUAUCCGUGAUGACCGUUAUCUCAUUGGUCGGAGACUCGAUAACUUUGGGGAAGCUGCUUUGGCGGCUAACGAAAACCAAAGCAGUGAGGAUGCAGGAGAUGGUGUCUUGAUAGGACGUGAGGGAGAUGUUGAUAAUAGACUAAGGCUUCGACGUGCAACCCAACAAGAAGUUUAGAAAGAAAUUAGUAUUUUGUCAAAAAUGAAACCAUA